AUUUUCUUGUAAGCAGUCCAGGCAAAUGCAGUGUUCGGGAGUGAAACGAUGUGCGUUGUGAACAGUGGUGCUGUGUUGACAUUUCCAAGACUUGUGAAGAGGCUGUGCCCGUGUGACAGAAGAUUAAAAGCGUUGAUAACCGUGUUUCGCCCUACGAAGUUGCGAUGGUGCUUUAUGAGGGCUUUAAGGAUUUGGCGCUGGGCUUGGCGCUUUCUUUUUUAACUCGUUUCUUCUCCUUGUUGUGAUAACUGUAAUCCGAACGUCAUAGCGUGUCGAACCGAAGUCGCGCGCCGAGACAUUCUGCUGUAAAUGUGGCUGCUUUGGCAGUACGCCUUGACUGUUCUCCGGUGAAAACUUGGACUUGUACCUGGCAGCGAAAGCACGUGGACGUCACGCUUCGCUUCGGACAGAACACACUUCUCACUGGUGCCUUGCCUUGGAUGAAGUCGUAGACCAGCACCGGCUAACUACAGGUUUUGGAGUCCAUCUGUCCUGUCGUUCUGCACGGCACUGGAGCCUUGACUACAGCGGCCCACGGCGAUUGGUCACGCUUCACCAGUGGACGUACACGUCUUGGUUGCCUUGCAUUUCUACGUCAACGGCAGCUUCCAGUCCACAGACGUCUUUUGCCUGUGGCUGCAGAGCACAUUCGAUUCCCGAUGACGCUGACGGCUGCUAAUAUCGUUGUGCCAUCGAUCGCAGACUUUCGUAAGGUCCUGGAAUCCAUCGAUUGCAAGCACUGGCAAAUCAAGCCACCUUAUGACUUGGAGCACAUGUACAGAAAUAGGAAGGACUUGUGCUCCCUAAAUGUACAAGUCUUUUGCAACGGUAGGGGUGUCAUCAUCCAGCCGACCUCAAAGGGGCCUGGAAGCACGCAUGGCAGCCUCAUCUGGAUGGACUGUGCUCUGCCUGGGAGCUUCAAGGGCAGAAAACUGCCUAAUGGCUGGUUGCUAGGUGACUCUCCCUAUGCCUGAGAGCCAUGGGUGCUCACCCUCCUGUCCGUGGCUGGCCCAGGUGAGCAGCAGUGCAGUGCAGCCCCCACCCAUGCAAGACAAGUCAUACAGUGCACCUUUGGUGUUCUGAGCACGACACAGCAUAUCCGUCCGGCAUGGCAUUGACAGCAAUAG